AUGGCCCGACUCAAAGAGCGAUGGGGAUCUUUUGAGACGAAUCAUGCGAAGAUGCGCACAAUCAUUGAGACGGUGAAGCCCUAUGUUCCACCAAUAAACUUCAUCACGCUACACUAUGCAUACUUCAUCAGCAUGACGCUCCUUGGUAGCCUUAUUUUCUGGGGCGCGUCUCACCCUGCAAGAAGCAUAGGAUGGUGGGACAGCAUGUUCAUGGUGAUGAGUGCCAUGACCGCGACAGGCCUCAACACCGUGAACGUCAGCCAAUUAACUGUAUUCCAACAAGUCGAGCUGGUAGUUUUGAUGAUGAUGGGGAGUCAGGUCCUGGUGUCGUACUUUACAGUCGCGUUCAGGAAGCACAUGUUUGAGAAAAGAUUCGAGGAUGUUGUCAAGAUGGAGAAAGAGAAGCGACAGGCACGAAAGGGUGACAUUGGUGCGGUAGUCGGGAUGACGGGCGCGAUGUUUGGGAUGCCAGUCAUGGGGUCAUUUGGGAAGGGCAGGAAGGGUAUGCCACCAAGGAAUAAGGCAAUGGUUACGGCGAUGACCAUUCCUGAGGCCGAGGAAACGGAAAUGCCACCCGGCACGCCAGUGGGCCAGACGCAGACUCGGCCGUCACUCAGUGAAAGAGAACGGAGUGCGCCACAGCAUGUUGGGUUUCUUGAUCCCAUACGAGAGCGUGAGCCUCACAAAAGGCCAAUGUCAGCAACGACAGGACAUUCAAUCUACAACGUGCAGAGCCACCAGACCAUGUCGGAACGCCGCCGCUCACUUGGGGAAAAGUCUACGCUAAACGAUGGCUUCAACGUGCAGUCAUUCGUCAAGGAGCAAAAGCGCAGCAUUGGCCGCAACGGGCAAUUCUUCAACCUGUCAUCAGAUCAAAGAGAGUACCUGGGUGGCGUGGAAUACCGCGCGCUAAAGUUCCUCUUCAUAUUCGUUCCCGCGUACUUCAUUCUCUGGCAGCUGUUCGGCGCGAUAGCACUUGGGGCGUACAUGUCCGUCUACGAAAAGGAAGCCUGCGCCGUCAACGCUCAGAACCCGUGGUGGGCUGGCAUCUUCCUGGCUAUUUCAGCGUACAGCAAUGCUGGCUUCACCCUUUUGGACGCGGGCUUCAUACCGUUCCAGUCUUCGUACUACAUCCUGUGCGUUGUAACGCUCUUGUCGCUCGCUGGACCUGCUGCCUUUCCGGUCUUUGUGCGCUUCCUCGUUUGGAGCAUGUCCACACUUCUUGACCUGUUCUCCAAAGACAAGGAGUAUGGCAUAUGGAAGGAAGGCUUCGACUUCAUUCUCAAAUUCCCACGACGCGUAUACACCAGCAUGUUUCCCGCUCGAGAUACCUGGCUUUUCAUCGCAACUUUUGGUUCAUUCGUGGCGGUCGACUGGGUCCUGAUUCUCGUUCUCGGCAUUGGGAACCCGACCAUGGAAGCCAUACCGCUCGGUCGCCGUAUUUUCAUCUCCCUCUUCGAAGGCUUUUCAAUCCCGUCGGGAGGAUAUGCCAUCGUCUCGCCCUCGGCAAUGUACUUCGACGUGCAGGUGCUGUGGCUGGUUAUAUUUUACACCGCUGCGUACCCACACAUCAUCACUAUGCGCAAGACCAAUGUUUACGAGGAGCGCUCACUGGGAAUUUACGAAGGCGACGAGGCGGAACCAGAACAGCUUCACUCCGCGUCCAGCUCGCUCUUCGACGUCGACGCCGCAAUGCCCUCUCUACCGUCCUCUGUCCCACAGCCAGAAAAGUCAUCACUCGCGCCCAUCAAAUCCCUCGGCAAAGUCGGCGUCCGCGGUACCGCCUUCGUUGGUCGCCAGCUCCAGCGGCGCAUGACGGCCUUCAACGGUGUUGGUGUCGCCCACGCGCCAGCCACAACCACACCUGCUCCCUUGAAGCGAUCAGUCACCAUGGACUUCAAUCGCGCGACAUCCGUUCACUCACUCACGCAACACCCACCGACAAAUCCGCCCUCUCUCAUCAGCCAGCAGGUCCGCGGCCAGCUUUCCCACGAUGUCUGGUGGAUCGCAUUCGCCCUCUUCCUCAUCACGCUGAUCGAAACACACCACUCCAUCGGAGAUCCGCGCACCUACAGCGUCUUCACCAUCCUGUUCGAGAUUGUGAGUGGAUACACGACGAUCGGGAUCAGCAUUGGGCUGCCGGAUCAAGCGUACAGUUUCAGCGGUGGCAUGUUCACUGGCAGUAAGAUUGUCAUGAUUCUGGUAAUGCUACGAGGUCGGCAUCGUGGACUGCCUGUUGCGCUCGAUCGCGCAGUGCGACUGCCGGGGAAGAAACUCGGAGAGAUCGAAGAAGAAGAUGCUGAGAUUCGAAGUAUGUUUUCGCAGUAG